AUCCUUUAAGGUGGUGGGCAACCGAGAAAUGACUGCGAAUUAAUUGUCAACAGCCCAGUAACCCGCCCGGGAGAAAUAUGGAUGUAUGGCCGCCGAAUUUGGAAUAGAGAUGUAGUUUCAAGGAUGUCACCCAUCUACAUCUCUCGUUUGUUCCUCUUUAUUUUUAUCUCCGUGGUCUGGGAGACGCGAGCCAAAUCUCUUCCAGAUCAAGGAGCACUUGAGGUCCAGAUCAGAGUUCAGGUGUUCGACAACAGUGACCUCUCACCUUUGGCCGGCGCCGCCAUAGAGGUUCAUGGGAACCGGUCUGUGUUAGCGUCCAGCCAGGCGGGCAGUGAUGGCGUGCUUAGGGUGACCUUCCUGUACCACCCGGGGACCUGGGUCAUCAUUUCAGCGUCCAAACACGACUAUGUCACCAACUCCGUCCCCUGGCACGCUAGCCGCAUCCCUCUGUAUGCAUCGGUCAGCUUGUACCUCCUAGUCCAGAGGCCAGGCACCCUCAUUCUCUAUGAUGAUGUCAUCCAGGUGCUGCAUGGAUCCCCAGGUGCACGGAACCAGCCAUUGGUCCAGCUCCAGAGAAAGUCCCUUCAGCUGCCAGCUGAUUCCAACUACACAGCACUAUCGGCUGUGCUGACUACUGCCAGAAGCCAGUAUGAGAUCGGGGGCUUCCCGUACCUCCUGGGCCUGGAAACCAACAGCACAGGGGCAGAGACAGGAUGGACAGACUUAACAGCACUGGCGGUGGUCAGCGUUCAGCUCUUUGACCACGAUGGGACCGCCAUCCAGGUGUCUGACCCGGUUCACGUCUCCGUACCGCUGCCCUCGGAUACUCGCACCAGGAUCGCCACCAGCAUUCCCGCCUGGCUGUACCAGCCCAAGACGGGUCUGUGGGUCAGGAAUGGAACUGGCUACAUUAAAAAAGAGGGCACACAACUAAUCUGGAACGUGGUCGUUCCUCAGUUGGGGUAUUGGGUCGCAGCCUUCCCUUCAUCUGCAGGCGUGGGUCUGGGCGGUCACUCGGGCCUGAGAGACAUCACCACCUACCACACCCUGUUCCUGCUCUCCAUCCUGGGUUCACUGGCCCUGCUGGUGCUCAUCCUGCUCUGUGUGCUGCUCUACUACUGCAGACGGAAAUGUCUAAAACCACGGCGACAACAGGGAAAGUCACACACUGCUCUGAACAGCUCCAAGCGCGACCAGGGCACCUCCACUUCCCGCCUCAAUCUCAUCUGUGGCGGCCAUGUUGAAUCCGGUCCAUCCAAUGAUGCCAACAAAUCUGACCCAUCCCCCUCACGAGACUACCAGAGCUCGCGGGAGGAGUUCGCCAAGCACGUCCCCGCCCACAAGCUGCGGCAUUCGAAGGCGAAAGGAGCCUCGGGACCUCAGAGGGGCGAGAGCUUCCCUAUGAAGGUGACCCGCGCCACAGACACCAACAAUCUCGACAACCCCCUGCUACUGCAAGAAGACUACUCACGGAACUACAGCCCCAUCAUGGAGGACGACAAGGACUCGGACUACCACAUACGCUGCCACACCGCCAACGACAAUCGCGGCUACACCUCAGACGGGGGCUCCCCACCUCGUUUCCUGUCGGACAAGUCAGACAAGCCUCCCGAGUACUCUGCGGCCGCCGCCGACCACCUGGCCCGCCCGACAUCGCUCAACACGCAACCGGGCCAGAUCAUCUUCUGCCACUCCAUGGACCAGAUGAAGGAAAACAUGUACCGAAGCAUGGUGCCCACCUUGGUCAUACCGGCCCAUUACAUGCGUAUGUCCUCAGACUUCUCCGGGAAGGAACAGCAGCAGGAUAAGGAAGGGGGGAUGCAGAUGGGUGCCGGUCAGUCACACCAUCCCCAGCAACAGAGCCAGCACCAGCAGCACCAGCAGCAGGGUGGCUCCCAAGGGGAUGACUCGGAGGGUCAAAACUGGAACUCGGACCCAUCCCAAGGCCCUGUGCGGAUCCCUGUGCUCUUUAACGACUCCACCAUGGCACAGAUGAAUGGCGAGCUGCAGGGCCUGACUGAGAAGAAGCUCCUGGAGCUGGGCAUUAAGCAGCACCCACGCGCCUGGUUCAUCUCAAUGGACGGCCGCGCCAACCACGUGCGCCAUUCUUACAUCGACGUGAGCAACGACCUCAGCAGCGGCGGAAUUGGCGGGGGAGGCGGUGGCCCCAGCUGCAGCACAAUCCGAGAAGCCAACCUCGAAGGACCCAUGGACAGCACCCAAGACCGCAAGGCUGCGGCAAUCCGUAAGGGUAAGGACGAACGGUGGGGAACUGGUGGACGGAAGGGUGGUGGCAGUAAGGGCAUGUCCAAGCUGGCAUACCAGGAGCACAGCGAGCCCAGCAGCAGCGAGGGCCGCCCAGUGUCGCCCGAGGAGAAUUCCCUUACCCCGCUGCUGGACGAGGGGCCCUCGUCGCGGGGCUCCACCGUCCCCCGGAGAGGCCGCAGCCGCAUGAACAGCGCACGCAGCAGCAAUAGCGAGAACCCUCGCGACUCCAUGACUAGCCCAGAGGACGACCUGGACAGCAAGGAUGAGAACAAGAAGAGCCCGUGGCAGAAGAUCGAAGACCGGCCUCUCAUGGUGUUUCCCCCUAAAAAGUUGUAGGCUAACAUCUCAGGCUCCACUCAUAUGGAACAUAAGAGUUGGUCCAGUAGUCAGGGCAGUUAUACAGCCAUUUUGAGACACCUAGAGAAACAAUAAAAGGAAGGUGGAGGAGUAGCAUUUGACCGAAAGAAGAUCCUAGAAAAGCACAAGCCUGCUUGAUAAUCCGUCAAAUGGUACUAUUUUAAUGACAGCCUCUUUAUAUGGUUUUUGUGUUUCACAUUUAUUCGAUCACGCCCCUAAUUCCCAUCAUUCUUCUCCAUGUCUUUACAAAUCCAUUUUGAAAUCCCUCUCAGUAAAUUCAACUCUGAGCCACUGACUUUGGAAAUAACCAUCUUAACGAAGAAAACCCAAAUGGCUAUAUUUGGAGAGAACUAACCUACAGUAUCUUGUUGCGACUGAAAUAAUUUGCCCAGUAUUGUGAAUGGACUUCCACAUGAGAAAGACAAGUUACUUCAAGGACAGGACUACCCUCUUCUCUCCUGGACUUGUGUACUACACAUUUAUGAAGGCCAGGGUCAAUUCCAUUUCAGUUCAGUCAAUUCAGGAAGCAAACCGAAAUGUGUAAUUUACGUUUGCGCCAGGAAUUGGCUGAAUUAAAAUGGUACCAAAACUCUGAUAUUGGCCCACCUUGAGUUUUAGUGGUUGUAAUUCUGUCACUUUGGUCAGCCUGCUUCCUGGACCAUAAGGAGAUACUGUUUCUCUGUGAAGACAUUAGCACACAUUAUCCCAAAGCGUAAAUGUGUGGAGAUUAUGUGGUUUCUUUCUUUAUGGUUUUCUAUUUGGAGGAUUUUUAUGGAAUGAUAGUUAGUGUAAAAUAUCUGUUGAUCUCCAUUUGUCGUGUGUACAAUUAUGUACUUUAAAUGUGAAAUGUGCAUUACUCCUUCAGGGAAAUGUAUUUGCAAUUCUUUAUGUGUUGUAAUGAUUUAUUAUAAUACUGUAAGCCACUUAUCUGAGGUGGGAUCUCCUACAAUUUUGCACAGAUUUGCCAUCCUGUUACAUGCCACCGGCCAUUUUAUAUUCCACAGGUUUUAUUUCGAACUUUUUCUGUUUUUGUGUUUGGAAUACCACGGUUGCUAUGGGAGAUCAUGCUGUCUCAAUGCAUAUGAUGUAAGCAUUUGUAGGCCAAUUUCGAAACUGUAGAAUAACUGCAUUACCUAUAAUGCUCUACUCAACCAUCAAAAAACUUCUCCGUCCAUUGGACAACCCCUCUCUUACAAUCACCACCGACCUCUGUGACAGUUUUCUGGCCUUCAGGCUAUCUACCAACAGCUGCAGUAGUCUCACCCUUCAUCUGCCCCCCUCCCACCAGGACUACCUGACUCACAACCAGUGAACAGACGUAAUGUCCUCCCUUGUCAAUGAAACCACCAUUACUGAACUCUUUUCUAAAUCCAAAACCAAAGCUCUGUUCACCCAAUGCCCACUGUCUUAGUUAAGGCAUGCCUCCCUGUUCUCUGCCCCCAGGUGGUCAAGAUUGUAAAUGCAUCCCUUACAUCUGGCAUUGUUCUUACUCCUUUGAAAACAGUGUCUAUAACUCCCAUACUGGAGAAACAGGGCCUGGACUCUGAGAUCCUCAUCAACUACGGGCCUAUUUCAAACCUACCCUUCCUCGCCAAGCUGCUUGAGUGGGUGGUAGCGACACAAAUCCAACAACACAUGGCCUCUCGUGAUCUUUUCAAACCCCUCCAGUCGGGCUUCUGGGCUAUGCAUAGCACUGAAACUUCCUUGAUAAAGGUAGUUAACAAUCUCAUCUGUGCUGCUGAUGCUGGGAACAUCUCCAUCCUCAUCCUCCUGGACCUCUUUGCAGAAUUUGACACGGUCUGUCAUCAGAUUUUAACUGACCGCAUGGAGAGGCUUCUUGUAGUUUCCGCAACACUCCUUGCCUGGUUCCACUCUUAUCUAUCUAAUAGACAACAGUUUGUCUCCCUUGGCAACUGGAGGUCUGCCCCAGACCCACAUAAAAUCCAACUCCGCUAUGCCACCCUCUGUGGUUGACUGUCUAAAAACUUGGAUGAGCAAUAACUUUUAAAAACGAAACGACGACAAAACAGAGAUCACGCUGAUGGGCCCCAACUCCGUCAUCAUGAAACUGGGUCAAUUCAGCAUGACAAUCAGCGGCUGCACCAUCCUCUCCAACUCCACAGUUACAUUUGAACCCCACAUCCCUAACAUCACCAAGUCAGCCUUUAUCCACCUCAAAAACAUCUCAUGAUUUAGACCCUCUGUCACUGACAUCACAACCCUCAUCCAUGCCUUUGUUUUAUCAUGCUGGCCUACUGCAACGCCAUUCUCUACGGACUCCCCAACAAAACACUGGGCAAACUUCAAAAUUCAGCUGCACGGGUACUCCCACACACCAGAUCUUGGGACCACAUCACCUCCCACCCUCAUCAACCUCCACUGGCUCCCAGUUCAAUACAGGAUCAUAUUGCUCAUGCUCACCUACAAAGCAUUCAAUGGACUGGCGCUAACAUACCUUACUGACGUCCUGCACCCCUACACUCCCACCUGUUCACAGCGCUCCACUGACACUGGCCUCCUCACCAUCCCACGCACCAGGCCCCGCUCCAUGGGAGACUGGGUUUUUAGCUGUGCAGCUCCUCAAGUCUGGAUCUCCCUCCCUCUCCAUGUCAGAACCGGACAAUCCAUACACAUAUUCAAGUCCACACUAAAUAGACACCUCUUCACACAGGCUUACCCGGAUUAUCGGCUGCUUUAGCUUUUAUCUUCUGUCUAGUUCACUUCCCUGGUUAAUCUGUCAUCGUGCUUUGUGUUCUCCAUGGUUAGUCUGUCCUUACGUUUUAGUGUACUUUUAUAUACUUAAUUAUUUUAUGAUGUGAUUUUAAUGCUUUUUAUCCUGCUGAUUCUCGUGUGUAUGUAAAGUGACUUUGGGUGUUGUGAAAAGUGCUUAAAAUAACAUUUAUUUUUGUUAUUAUUAUAAUGCCCAUUGACUGAACAUUCCAAAUGACUGUGGCAAUUAUGCAUCACAAUGCUACCAUGGCAAUUAUGCGUCACAAUAUGAAUUAUAUUUAUAUUGUGUAGGGCAGGCCAGUAACUUUUGCAACCAAAUCAUUGUAUUGUACCCCAAAAAAUAGGAGAGGGGAAUUCCACUUUCACAUAUAUUUUCUAGUUUUUAUUUAGACAGAUUCAAUUGCAAGGGCAUAUACAGAGGUAACGAGGGGAAAAGUUGGAAGGGUCAACUCGGGGAUUGAACCCGGGUCUCUGGCGGGGAGUCGCAUAUAAUAUGUCACACAAAGAGUGACAUUUUUUCGUGAGCAAUUGGCAGUGAGCAAAAUAACCAUAACAUUUUAAAUAAACGGGAAGUUGCAAAUAGCUUAAUAGCAGCAUGAAUUUCUGCUUUGUAGGUGGGGUUAUUGAGUGAACAAUUAUGUGAUGGUUGCAGUCCAAAAAUAUAGAAUUGCAUUGAAUCAAAUGAAUCAGAUCUAUUGAUUUACCGCCUGUAGGGCGGCGGUGCCACUGGUGUAUUGUAUAUAGCUAUCAAAGGUGACGAUAACAAUUUGAAAUGUCGGUCAUGAUGCACAACCUUUCCUUUACUUCCAGGGUCUUCAUUCAUUUGUGUAGUAGUCAUACACUUUGCCCAAAUUUGAGACAUUUCUGCUUUUCUCCUGUGCCAUUUGGUUAUUUGCUUGCUGUAAAUAAUAUUUAGCUUUGAGAGUCUACCUUUUGGUUGAAGGUUGCAUGUAUGAAAUAAGCAGAAGGCACCAAAAAAAAGGUCAUGCAAAUCUGUACCACUUUUCUCCUGUAAGUGCCUUUUACAUAGGGUUAAGUGACUGGCAUGGAGGGCCUUUUCAAAAUGCAGUCCAAGAAGGUUUUACAUCACGUAAGCUAAUCUUGUCAAAUGGACAGACACAAACAUGGAAGCACACUGCAUUUAGUUAAGAACACACAUAUCUUCCCCGGGGGAGAGCAUGCAUGCCAAAAUUGAUCAAUGACUCAUUUUGUGUUCAAUAUGUCCUUGUGUUCAUAGUUUCUUGUGUCUAUCAUUUCUCAACAAACGUGGUAGACUAAGUGAUUGCUAUUUAUUGUACAAGUUUGAUAAGUGACAAAUUCAGAGAACUAUAUAAGAUUGUGUGUGUAUAUGUACUGUAUGUGCAUGUAAUAUGUAGAGUAGAGUGUUUUUAAUGGAAAGUCUUUUUUGAUAAUAUCCAGAAUGUUGCUGGCACACAUGAAGUAUAUCAAAUUCUGUUGCCAAAUGUACACACAUUUUAGAUGAAUUUCGCUCUACUCUUAAAAUUCACUUCCGGUCUUAAAUGUUUACAAGUACAACAUACUGGCCAAUAUGCUCUCACUGUAGAUUGCAUCACAAUUGCCUAUGACACUUAACAACUGUGAAUCAUAUUUCCUACAGAUGUAAAUGAAGAAAUGCAUAGCUACAGUACAACACAGUCACAAAGAGUUGGUGCAGUACAUCUGUAAAUGGAUGUAAUACCAUUGAGAGAGAUUGUAAAAAUAGACAAAAAGUUAUUAAAAAUGCAACAAUGCGAGGGUAAAACAUUAUUAUGUUGCAGUACAUUUUUUUUCUCUCUGUUAUAAAUGGGGAGGACUUUGUUCCGUUUAUAUUGACAGUAGACUUUUAUGAAUUUCUUGUUUUUGCUAUUUUCAAAGUUGUUCAGAAUAAUGUUGAUUUAAAUGUAUAGUAUGGCUACCCUGACUCUGGAUGAACAAUUGUAUAGCCCUAUUCUAAUGGAUUCCCAGGUCUAUUCUUGCCAUAUUAUGUUAUUUUUUUUGUACAAGCUGUCUAUAACCUUUUCCAAUGCAGUAAGACAAUGUGAUGUCGUGUUUGGUUGGUUACAAAAGGCAAAAUAAAUGUUCAGAAUCUCCCUACCUACUACUAGGCCGGAUAUGACAGCAUCUUGAUAUUAGUGCAAUUGUGAAUUUGUUUAGUUUGAUACCAGACCUUGAAUUGAGCAAAAUGACACAAAUAGAUGCGUUCAAGUUUUUCCCAAAGUAUUUUUAAAAGUUUUGUGAUAUCACAAUAUUACAAAAUCAAAAAACAAACGUACCUGUACACAAGUCUGAGUAAUGUCCUGCAAAUCUUACUUGUGGUUGUGAAUUCAAUAAAUGUAUGUUGGGGUCACCUAAUUUCCAUCCAAUACCCUGAUUGCACAAAAACACAUUAUUGUCACUAUUGUGUAUAAAGAGCAGCUGUAUAUUAAAAACAUCUUUGGGAGUGGAAGAGGACACAACACGUUGUAUAUUAUUCUAUGUGAGAAAAAAAAAAACAGUUUGUAAACUGUAAAUCGAUUCUGUACAUGAGAUAAGAUAGAAAUAAACUUGUUUGCGCUGUCUAACAAUUA